AAAUGAAGAUAAGAGUUAUCAGCCUGUCCAAAAUCCAAAUUAUUCAAGUUAGUCUCAGUUUUGUCCUGAGUUAAAUGUUUAAGUGGUGGAUGGUUUCAACCUAUUUGCAUAAGUGUAAUAUUGUUCAGAAUGUGUUGUAUUUUAACUCCUACAUAUUUUUAUAAUUACCUGUGGUGAUGCUAUUAUACAAUACUAUUAUAUAAAACAAUGGAGUUUACUGUGGGGCUUUUAUUGACAUUUUUAGCUACCUUUUUAAUAAUUGCUUUAUCUGUCUUUUACUUUUAUCACACAAAAGAUUACAAUUAUUGGACCAACAGGGGAGUACCCAAUAUAAGGCCAGUUUUUCCUUUUGGCUCUACUAGAGAUUUAGUGCUGGCCAAAACCUUUAUUGGGAAAGGUUACAAUACAAUGUACCAAAAGUUUUCAAAAGAGCGAUUUUUUGGGAUAAUUGAUGUUCAAAAUCCUGUUCUUGUGUUGAGAGAUCCUGAAUUGAUAAAGGCAGUUUUAGUGAAAGACUUUAACCAUUUCGCUGUAAGGACAAACGUGGGAGCUAAUUCUAAAGAAUACAUUCUCAGACAUGUCAUAAAUAUGAACGGUCAGGAAUGGAAAGACAUGAGAAUGUUGCUGACACCAGCAUUCACAUCUGGAAAGAUGAAGUCAAUUUUCGUUUUGAUGGAAAAAUGCAGUAAACAGCUCAACAUUUAUCUCCAUGAGGCUGUUGGAAAAAAUCCAGUUGUUGAAGUUACAAAUGUUUUUGCUCGGUUUACAAUGGACGUCAUUGCAACUAGCGCUUUUGGCGUAGAAACUGAUUCAAUAAAUAAUGAAAACUGUCAGUUCUUUACAACGGUGGGAUCAUUGCUGAAAACAACGAAAGCAAGAUUUUUCCGGAGGUUUCUGGUUAAUUUCUUUCCUACACUGGUAAAAUUCUUACCAGUUCAACUUAUUCCACCCGAUGUAACAGAUUUACUAACAAACUCUGUUCGUCAGUCUGUGGUUCACAGAGAGAAAAAUAACAUAAAACGAAGUGACUUCUUAAAUGUCCUUAUUGAAAGUAAAAAAUAUAACGGUGAAAAUUUGGAAAAAAGUACUUCUGUAUCAAAACCCUCAAAAGGCCUCACCAUAGAAGAGAUGACAGCACAAGCUUUUGUUUUCUUCAUUGCUGGCUACACAACUGAUACAUCUGUUAUGUCUUUUUGUCUGUAUGAGUUAUCCAUCCAUGCUGACAUACAAGAGGCACUUUACCAAAAUAUACAAGAGGCUGUGGAUAAACACAAUGGAGCCAUCACUUAUGAGAGUUUACAAGACAUGCCUUACUUGGAUCAAGUUGUCAAUGAAACUCUACGUCUUUAUGGGUCCGGUCAAAUCAUUAUAAGGACAUGCACUGAACGCUACAACAUCCCAAACACUAACAUUCAUGUAGAAAAAGGUGUGCGAGUAAUUAUUCCUUCUUACUCCCUCCAUCACGAUCCUGUGUAUUUUCCUGACCCUGAUGAGUUCAGGCCGGAGAGAUUCACCCCAGAAAAAGUAAAAGAAAGACAUCCCUUUGUGUUUUUACCAUUUGGAGAAGGUCCCAGAAACUGCAUUGGAAGAAACUUUGGCAUGCUGCAAAUUAAGAUUGGGCUUGCGACAGUGAUUUCAAAUUUUAAAGUUGAUUUGAGUCCAGAGCAAGAAGUUCCAAUAAACAUUGAUACCAGAAGCAUUGUUGUUACACCUGCUAAUCCAGUUCUAUUGAGAUUUACUCCUAGAAAAAUGAAUGGUUCUUUGAUCUGAAUGGCUAGUUACACUGUCUAUAAUUAUUUUACUGUCAAAAAUAUGUUAGAAUUUUUAUAAAUAUUUUUCAUAUUGUAAUUUUUAUAAAAUUUGUAAUUAAUCAAAUGUAUUCUAUAGAGCUACAUAAUAAAAUGUAUUAUGCAGAGCUUGCAGUGGAGAAAACAGUGUGUCAGACUAGGUACUUAAAUGAAGACAUGUGCUUAAACAAGAAACCUAUCUAAGAUGUCAUUCUCAUCAAGUAAUACUCAGUUUUUUUUAAACACAAUAUUUCUCAAACAAGAUUGACGUUUCAUACAAAAAGCUUGGAAAAUCAUUGGAAAUAAUGCAAAUUAUGCAUGUUGUUUAUUAAAAUACAUGUUGAUUAUUUUUACUAUAAAAAAUCUGUGAAACUUAUUAGUUAUGGCAAUUGUGUACUUAUACAUGUACUAUGUAAGUGAUUUUUUUGACAAUUAUAUCUUUCUUAUCAAAAUA